AUGGGUCUCUACCAGAAGUUCACGCCCAAGAUGGGUGCCGUUGCGAAGAGCAGGUCCGACGUCGAAGCUGCUCAGGCUGAAGCUCCUCACCUCAAGAAAGUCAACUGGAGGUCCGACGCCGGUCUCCGCAAGCUCUACUUCUACGCCUUCUUCAUCUGUAUCGCUUCUGCGACCACAGGUUACGAUGGUUCCAUGUUGAACAACCUUCGUAUUCUGCCCAAGUGGACGGAGUUCUUCGGCGACCCAAAGGGAGACACUCUCGGUCUCUUGACUGCUCUUUACUCCAUCGGUUCGAUUGCCUCGCUUCCCGUCGCUCCCUUCGUUGCCGAUCGCUUUGGACGUCGCGCCUGCAUUACCUUCGGGUGUGUUAUCAUGAUUAUCGCAGCUUCCAUCCAGGCCGCCGCUAAGAACCUCGACUACUUCAUGGGUGGACGUUUCCUCAUGGGUUUCGGAAACUCGCUUGCUCAACUCUCGUCUCCCCUGCUCCUUACCGAACUCUGCCACCCUCAGCAUCGUGCUCGUGUCACCGCCGUCUACAACUGCUUGUGGAACGUUGGUGCCAUCAUCUGCACAUGGUUGACUUUCGGUACCAAGCGCAUUGAGAGCGACUGGUGCUGGCGUGUACCCGCUCUUACCCAGGCUGCUCCUUCAGUCAUUCAGUUGGCCGCUAUCUGGUUCAUCCCUGAGUCCCCACGUUGGUUGAUCGCCAAGGAGAGGAACGAGGAGGCUCUUGCCAUUCUUGCCAAGUACCACGCCAACGGCGAUGCCAACAACGCUACCGUCCAAUUCGAGUUUGCUGAGAUCAAGGAGACUCUCCGCCUCGAGUUCCAGUACCAGAAGACCUCCUCCUACUUCGAUUUCUUCAAGACCAAGGGCAACAGGUACAGGCUCAUGCUCCUCGCAUCUCUCGGUCUCUUCUCCCAAUGGUCUGGCAACGGUCUUGUCUCCUACUACGCCACCGAUGUCUACAAAUCCAUUGGUAUCACAGACGCUGACACCCAGCUCGGUAUCAACGGUGGUCUUACCAUUCUCUCUCUCAUCGUCUCCGUCUCCUGCGCUCUCCUCGUUGAUCGCGUUGGUCGUCGCCCACUCUUCAUCUCUGCCACCGCAGCCAUGUGCGUCACCUUCAUCGUCUGGACUAUCGCUUCGUCUCAACAAGAGGCUACCAAGAGCAAGGCUGCUGGUCAGGCCGUCAUUGCCAUGAUCUGGAUCUUCUCCGUCGCUUACGCGCUGGCUUGGUCUGGUCUGCUUGUCGCCUACACUGUCGAGAUUCUGCCCUUCAAGAUUCGUGCCAAGGGUCUCAUGAUCAUGAACUUGUUCAUUCAGAUUGCCCUGACCAUCAACCAAUACGUCAACCCUCUCGGAUUCGACAACCUUCACCCUACCUGGAAGUUCUACACCAUCUACGCCUGCUGGAUCUUCCUCGAGCUCAUCUUCGUCACUGUCUUCUACGUCGAGACCCGUGGUCCCACUCUUGAGGAGGUCGCCAAGAUCUUCGAUGGUGAUGAGGCUGAGGUUGCUCACAUCGACAUUGAGCACGUUGAGAAGAACGUCAUGACUUCCGGCUACGAGAAGGAUGACAACGUCCGCAUUGAGCAGGUCCGAUCAUCCCAGUAG